AACGUUUUGUGUCUUCUGGCUUGUGAAGUGACGUGUGUACAAAACCUGGUCAAUGGUAGCGAAAAACACCUAGCACCCCUAGUUGGAUGCUACCAUACCGCUACAUAUUUUUAUAUUGUACUGUUUAGAUAUUAGAAAUAUAUUUAUCACCAACUCGUAGUAAGUUACGGCGAACUAGAAGCAAAAUGUCAGCAAGUGCGGUUUACGUGUUAGACCUCAAAGGCAAGGUUCUGGUUUGCCGUAACUACAGAGGAGAUGUGGACAUGUCAGAGAUCGAGCACUUUAUGCCCAUCCUUAUGGACAGAGAGGAGGAGGGUAACUUAUCCCCUAUCCUGGCCCACGGAGGUGUCCGCUUCAUGUGGAUCAAACACAACAACCUAUACCUUGUAGCAACGUCUAAGAAAAAUGCUUGUGUCUCAUUGGUCUUCUCUUUCCUCUACAAAAUUAUUCAGGUUUUCUCAGAGUAUUUUAAGGAGUUGGAAGAGGAGAGUAUCAGAGAUAACUUUGUCAUCAUCUAUGAGUUGAUGGAUGAGUUGAUGGACUUUGGCUACCCCCAGACCACUGACAGCAAGAUCCUUCAAGAGUACAUCACCCAAGAGGGGCACAAGCUAGACACGGGGGGCCCGCGCCCCCCUGCAACCGUCACCAACGCAGUGUCCUGGAGGUCAGAGGGCAUCAAGUACAGGAAGAACGAAGUCUUCCUGGACGUCAUUGAGUCUGUUAAUCUUCUGGUCAGUGCGAAUGGUAACGUGCUGCGCAGUGAGAUCGUGGGCUCCAUCAAGAUGCGGGUGUUCCUGUCAGGGAUGCCCGAGCUGCGUCUGGGGCUCAACGACAAAGUUCUCUUUGAGAACACUGGCCGAGGGAAGAGUAAAUCAGUGGAGCUGGAGGACACCAAAUUCCACCAGUGUGUGCGUCUGUCUCGCUUUGAGAAUGACCGCACCAUUUCUUUCAUUCCUCCCGAUGGAGAGUUUGAGCUCAUGUCCUACCGCCUCAACACACACGUGAAGCCCCUGAUCUGGAUAGAGUCGGUGAUAGAGAAACACUCCCACAGCAGGAUCGAGUACAUGAUCAAGGCUAAGAGUCAGUUCAAGAGGCGGUCCACAGCCAACAAUGUGGAGAUUCACAUUCCAGUUCCCACAGACGCCGACUCGCCCAAGUUCAAGACCACGGUGGGCAGUGUCAAGUGGAUCCCAGAGAACAGCGAGGUCGUCUGGUCCAUUAAGUCAUUCCCGGGGGGUAAGGAGUAUCUGAUGAGGGCUCACUUCGGUCUGCCCAGUGUAGAAGCAGAGGACAAGGAGGGGAAGCCCCCCAUCAGUGUCAAGUUUGAGAUCCCCUACUUCACUACUUCUGGCAUCCAGGUGCGCUACCUGAAGAUCAUUGAGAAGAGUGGCUACCAGGCUCUGCCAUGGGUUCGAUACAUCACACAGAACGGGGAUUACCAGCUCCGAACCCAAUAGAAACUGCAGCAGGAAAGGCGCAUAUUUCUAUGGAUGGAACAUUGUUGGUCACGGAUGUGUAAUUACCUUUAGUCCUUUGUCAUGGACAUUUGUUGUAAAUUGACUUCAUUUGUUUUCUUUUCAAGUUUGAAGUUUGUUUCAUGUUUAGUGCCAUAAUACAGAAAUUAUAUUCCUCUGAAAAUUCUAAAUAUACGUUUUUAUUUGGUUACAGUUGUGCUCUAAAAGUAGUGAGAUGUAUGAUAUUUCUAUAGUAGGUCAGUUGCAAAUAAUGAAUACAAUUGUUGAUACUCACCUCUUUUCCAUCUAAAUCACCUGCUUGCAAUGUGGUCAUAUAUUUUAAAGGUCAAUUUCAGGUGUUACAAGUUGAGUGUGACCAAGAACCAGUGAAGUGUUAUAAGAAGUUUAAUGUGAAUUUACACACAGCGUUCUUCAUUUGUCGGUUUUCCUGAUUACUUAGUGAUAGCCUGAUGCAAGGCUGAAAAAGAUCUAUAUGGUCUGGUCCGGAAUCAUCGGACAUCAGUCUGUAUGGCUGUUAUGAUGAGAAUGAGGUGCAUUGGUACAUUUGUGCAGAUCGAAGUGAGCACUUAAAAUGGUCAAACUAUAAUAAAACAUUUGCCACAA